AUGAGUGUGAAAAAGCCCACCGAGCUGACAAGCGACAUUGACUUCAUCCAGACUCCUCCGGCUAAGCCCUCGGAGUUUAAAACUGGAAAGGACUGCGGCAUUGCCCUGACCGACUCCCCAUCCAUUCACAAUGCUCCCUUACCUGCCGAUGGUGCGGGAAAUGAGAGCUUCUCCAACUAUGUUCUCGCUGGCGCCCUCAUUGGCGUUCCUGGCCUCCUGACCUUCCUCCUGGGGGGGAGACUGAAGACCUUUAUUUUCAUCGCCCUUGUGUCCACUCUUCCCGUUCUGGUGGCCUUCUGGACCUACGUCUCCACCUACAGCCCACGCACCAACGAGAAGGUCAAACUCCCCGGCCGACCCAUCGAACAUUACCUGACCUUCAAGCGUGAAGAGGACAAGUCGAAAUGGCAUGGCAAGAAGAUCCCGAUGCAAACCUUUGCGGAGAUGUAUCUGGAUGGCCUGGUUGAUUUCAACGGCGACACCUUGGAUGUGAUGGAAUACCGCCACGACUGGGCGAACUUCGCGUUCACCUGGGAGCUGUUCAAGUUCAUUGUCUUCACGUUCUUCAUCGACGUCAUCUUCCACACCAAGGCUCAAGAUGAUGAGCAGAUCCGUCCCAACUACGAUUGCGGUAACGACCAUUAUGCCUGGUUCCUCGGUCCUCGCAUGAUCUACACCUCGGGCAUUAUCUCUGAUACGGAGAAGGAGGAAACCCUGGAGGAAAUGCAGGAUAACAAGAUGGCUGUUGUUUGCGAGAAAAUCGGUUUGAAGGAAGGCGAGACCAUGUUAGACAUUGGCUGUGGUUGGGGAACCCUGGCCCGGUUCGCUAGUUUGAACUAUGGCGCCAAGGUGACCGGACUUACCAUUGCGGAGAACCAGACCGCUUGGGGCAAUGACGCUCUGCGGAACGCCGGUAUCUCGGAUGAACAGAGUCGCAUUGUCUGUAUGGACUACCGCGAUAUCCCUCGCCAGAAAUAUGACAAGAUCACGCAAUUGGAAAUGGGCGAGCAUGUUGGUAUCCGGAAACUCACGACAUUCUUCCGCCAGUGCUAUGAUAUGCUUAACGAUGACGGAGCUAUGUAUGUUCAGCUCUCUGGAUUGAGACAGGCAUGGCAGUACGAGGACUUCAUCUGGGGAUUGUACUUGAACAAGUACAUCUUCCGUGGUGCGGACGCCUCGACCCCUCUGUGGUACUAUGUCAAGUGUUUGGAGCAGGCUGGAUUCGAAGUCAAAGGAAUUGAUACCGUUGGUGUCCACUACUCUGGCACUCUCUGGAGAUGGUACCGUAACUGGGUUGGCAAUGUUGAAUCAAUCAAGGCCAAGUUUGGGCCGAGAUGGUACAGAAUCUGGGAAUUGUUCCUCGCCUGGUCUGUCAUCGCAUCCCGUGAAGGCUUUGCCACCUGCUACCAGAUGGUAGUCGUCAAGAACCUGAACUCCACUCAUCGUAUCAAUGGCCUUGCUAGUCAGUUUGGUCUUGGUGGUGCCCUCGAAUCGAGCAGAAAGGCGGGCAAGUCUCGUCUGCCUUGA